AUGAAAAUAUUAUUCUGGUUGAUCUCAUAGUGCUAUUUGUGGUUACCUCGAAAAAUUCAGAAGUCUGUAUAAAAAUCUUUAUUGUUACAACAGGGCAUUGAUUAAACCUAAAAAGUAUAAUUUCAAACUUAAACUAGAUUGAGUUCUCAAAUGGAGAAGUAUAAAAGAUCACAAAUUUUGAAAUAGCAAGCAACAAUAUUAAAUUAAUAAGUGUAUGGAAAUGUUUUAUUUGUUUAGAUUAAUACAAUUAUAGUGAUAUUUAUUGAAAAAAUAAUAAGCAUUGAAAAUAUCAUAAUACUUAUUAUUCUGAUUAUAGUACUUUCUGGAUAAACUUAUUAUUAUGAUAGAAACGAAGAAAUUAUUGUAUAUUAUACACUUUUUUGCUAUCUCUUUAAUCUAUUAAUAUCUCUUGGAAACAUUUUAAUAAUAGCUUUUUAACGAAUGACAUAAUAAAAAACAAUUAACUCAUAAAAAUGUACUAUUAUAGCUAAAUUUCCAGAUGUUUCAGCAAAGAAACUCUUAAAUAAAAACACUGAGUAAAUUAAAUAAAUUAUAUAUUAAUAGAUUGAAUUCAUAUGAAACCAUUUCUUGGAGUUAAAUAACAGUGGGUCAUAUUAUUUGUUUAUAAUAAAAUGAAUAGAGUCCUGCUGAUUUAUUGAUUCUUGAUUCAAGCAAAGAGCAGGUUCUAAUAAACUUUGAUUAAAGAAAUCCAUGUUCUUGUACUUUUGUUAGUCUAAAUUAAACAAUCAAAGGAAAUAUCUUAGACUUUAAAACAAAAUUAAGUGGAACUAUUUAAUUCACUAUUACUGACCUCUAAAUAUAAGGAACUAUAAAAUUGAAAAAUGAUCCAAAGCUUACUCCUUUUACUAAAAAGAAUAUGAUUUAAAGAGGUGAAACUUUGGAUUCAGUUGAUUGGAUAUUUGGUAUGGUAAUUAGAGUAGGAAAUGAUUGUAUUGCUUAAUCUAAUUUCUCUAAUGAAAACGUCACGCAUUCUAGUUGGAUAAAUAGUAUUUAUUAGAAAAUAAUACUUAUUUGUAUUGUUUUGCUUUUAAUUCUAUUUAUUCCAAAUAUCAUUUAUUAUUCAUUUUAAUCUUAUGAGAAGUAUUUUUAUAGCAGUAUUACAUAUUGUUUAUUAUUAAUUCCUUAAAAUUUAUUAUGGUUAAAUUAAUUAUGGUUUCUGAUCAAUAUGAUAAUAAACAAUCGCAUUUUUAAUUAAAAUUAACAGAACGAAUGUGCUUAAUAAAGUUCAAUCAAUAAAUUAUCUAGUGAUUUUAGUGAAAAUCAAGUAGUUAUAAUUUCUGAAAAUGAAAAAAAAGUACUCUUACCAAUUUAAAAGUAAUUUAAGAUAAAUCUUUUACCAAUUAAACAACCUGAAGCUGCUUUAUAUAAGAUAAAGAAAAAAAAUAUGAAAGGAUUUUUAACAUUUUCAGCAAACAAUAUCUUAGAUAUGAUUAAAGGAGAUAUAAUCUUAUUAGAUAAUCCUUAAUAAAUAUUUAAAAAUAAACCAAAAAUUAUGUAAAUAAUAACUAAAAAUUAAAAGUAAUAUAUUUUUAAUUAUUCUAAAUUGUAAGAAUUAGUUAAAAAGGCUUCUCCAACAUUAAAAACUAAUUAUGAAAAAUUAAUAAUUGAUACAAAUAGACAAUAGACAAAUGAUGAAUAGAAAACACAAGAUUUAGACUUUUUAUUAGCUGAGAAAAAAGUGCCAAAUUUAAGAAAUUCUAACGAGGGUUUACAUCAAAUGAAAAAACUUUAAUUGGCAUCAAGGGAAGAACUUGUAAGUAAAACAUUAUUAGGUACAUAAAAGCAACCAUUGCCAAAAAAAAAAAGUACUAGAUAUAUAUUUGAUUAAUCUUUUGCAAAAAAAUCAUCAGAAAAAAUCGAUUCUAUGAAAGACCUUAAUAAAUUAAAUAAUAGUGCUACAAAUAGUAAUAUGACACCUCCUGUCCCUGGUUCUUUAUAGAAAUAGAGAAGCUAAUUUUUUGGUAGAGGAGGUACUUUGAUAAAGUAAUUUAAUAAUACUUCUUCUUUAUAAAUAUCUCCAACAAAAUAAAAUGAAGAAUAAUAAGGAACAGACAGAUUAAUUGGAGAUUAUUUUAAUGAAUAAGAUUUUAUUGAUCAAUUGUAUAAAAAGGAGGAUACUCUUCAUAAUGAAAUUUUAUUAAUGAUAUUAAUUACUAAUAACAUUUUAAGUGUUUUUGAUGAUGAAACAAGAAAACUUCAAUUUAAUUACGGAAAUAAAUUUGAUGAAUCAUUAUUAGAGUUUACAAAAGUCUUCAAUUAUUAAUUAUUAUGUAGUACUGAGAUUGAAAAUUCAAGAUUAGAUUAUUAAUUAAAAAGUUAUAUAAAAAAAGUUAUAUCUAUAGAAAAUUAGGUAAAAGUUUUUGAAAUUUUGGCUUUUUUAGAGCCUACUGAAAAUAGAAAAAAUACUCUAUCUGUUUUAGUAAGGGAUCCUGAAUCAUUUUUAUUAGAAGAAGGUUCAAUUUUAUACACAAGAAUUUAGACUAAUGAAUUAAAAGAUAUAAUUAAAGGAAAUAAUGAUUCUAUGAAUAAGAAACCAGAAUUUUAUACAUAAUAUAAUGAAUUACUUUAAGAACUAUUGUGGGAUGGCUAAUAAACUUUUAUAUACACUAAACGUUAGUUGAAUCAAAAUUAAACAUAAGAAUUUUUGUAGAAAUUGUCAUAGUUACAUGAUGCUUAUGGAAAUAGGUCUUCAGAAAUUGAAAUUGAAUACUAAAAGUUAGAGUAGUAAAAUGAAAUUUUGUUUUGUAUCGGCAUCAGAUCAGGCUAUCAUAAUAAUUAAAUUCAAAUAUCAUCGAAUGAAUUUUAUGUAGACUCUUUGAAAGAAGAUAAAAUUUUUUAAACUCUCUAAAUGUAAAACAUUAAAACUUGUUUAACAACAUCAAAGUCAUAUGAAGAAUUAAUUAUUUUUCUUAGAUCUCAUUAAGUAGUUUAAAAAGAAUAAAUCGUUCAUUUUUAUGAAAGAGACAUUUAGCAGUUAUAAUAUAGGUUUAGAUAACACAUUUAAUAUUUGUUAGAAGAAUAAGAUAUCAUGGGAAGUGAUACAUAAAGACAUUUAGAAAAGUAUAUAAUAAUAAGUAAAUAAUCAUUUAAAAUAAUACUCUAAGAUGAUUAUCUAAAAUACCAUUUUGUAUUUAUAACUUAAUUUGCUAGUGGCUUUGGAGCAUAUGAAUUUAAUGGUAAAUGCAAUGGAUAACUUAUUAAAUUGCUUAAAUUAAACAAUAAAAAAAUCAUUGCUAUUGGUAACUCUUUACAAAACAAUUAUUUAUUUAAUAAAUCAGAUAUUAGUUUUACUUUAGCUCAAAAUAAUCCAUUCUAUUGCAUAAAUUAACCAAAUUUUGUUGUCAAAAACAUUAAACAAAUAUUUUAAUUAUUUUUCUUUUAUUGUACUCAGUAUUUAUAGAAUUACAUAUCUUUAUUAGAAAUUUAGUUAUACAGAAGCAUUUUAAUAGGCUUAUCAGUAUUUGGCAUAAGUUUUUCUUAAAAUGAUUUAGACUUGUUACAUUUAAUAAUAUUUUUUCUUAUUCCAAGUAACUUAUUAACUUCUAUAUUCUAAUAAUAUUUGUUAAUAACUUAAACAGAUUAUGAUAAGAAAUAUUUUACAAGUUUUACAAAUAGAUUGUUUAUAUUAAAAAAUGAAAAUAUUUUUAAAUAGAUAUGUAAAAUAAUAAUAAUUGCAAUAUUUGAUUCAUUAUUUGUAAUUUUAUUAGAAAAGACAAUAAUUCAAUUAACAAAUAAUGAUGGUAAGAUAAACUAAACAAAUUAAAUUGUUUUGUUAUAUACAGGUAUUGAGCUUUUAGAGAAAAGUAAACUAUUAUUUAUUGUGUUUGAUUUGUUUAAUGAUAUUUUGUAUAAAUUAAAACAGAUUCUUAUGAUAGUAUGCUUAACAUUGAUUUUAUGUAUUUGCUAUUUGAUAGCACAAUCAAUUUAAGAUGAAUAGUAGAUUUCAUAGUAAUUCAAUAAUGCAGGAUUAUUGAUUUUUACAUUUAUGGCAAUUUUUUUAGUAGGUUAAUCUUUUGUAGUUUAUUUAUUACUAUAAUUGAAUAAUAUUGAGUUUUCAUUUCCAAUAGAUAAUUCAUAAUUAGAUAUUCAUAUGAAAGAGAUAAAUAAUAUAAAGUCGAAUCUUAGUUUUGAAACUAAUGAAAAAGGUCAAUUUUAAAAAAUCAAGAAAAUGAUAGAAACAUUAUUUGAGAACAAGGAUAUAGUUGAUGAAUAAAUAACAAAAUUUAUUAAAGUAGAUUAGACAACAAUUGAUUACAUGGAUAAAAAUCAUGGAUUUUAUGAUAGGAGAACUGAGAAUGAUUUUAUGGAUUUUUUUAGAUAAUAAAAAUGGUAAAAGUAUAGUUUAUUUUAUGUGUUUAUAUUUUAUGAGGUAACAAUAUUUAUUUCUCGUCUUUAUGAAAUAACGAUGAAUAACUUUUCUACAUCAAUCCUAACAAUAAUAAUAAUUUAAUUAAUAAUGUAAAUGCUUAUAGUUAUAUUAUAAUUUAAAUUCAUUAACAAUAAAACUUCACAUGAAUAAUUAUAAAUAUUAUCAUUUGGAUUACGAUUUGUUUUUAAAGUUUUAAUAGAUUUAUUGUACUUGGAUCAUAGGAAAGAGUUUACUGCUUUUCUGUAUCAUACUUUAUUUAUUAUAUCAUUUGCUCUUACAACUUAACCAAAGAUCAAUAUAUAUUUAUAUGCUGCUUUGUAAUUGAUUAUGUAUCUUUUUAAUUUAGUUUUGGAUGGAUUCACAAUAAGAUUUGAGAAUGUUAAUGAAGCUAUAUAUUGUUCUUUAAAAUAUUUUUUUAUAAUAAUUGAGAUUUCCUACCCUAUAUUUAAUUACAUAUAGAAAAUACAAUUUUUAUAAAGAUCCUCAUAUGUUUAUUAGAAUAGAUUAAGUAAGGAAUAAAAGAAGAUUAAUAGUGUAUUAGGUUUAUUAAUGCCUAGAUUCAUAUAAGAAAGAAUGAAUAAAGGAUAAAUUCAAAUAUCAUAAGACUAAGGAGAUGUAAGUGUGUUAUUUUGUGAUAUUUACUAGUUUGAUAAAGUAAUUAAAGAUUAAUAAGAGAAAAUAUUAGAAUUUUUAGAUACAAUAUAUCGAGCCUUUGAUUAAUUAUGUUAAAGUUAUGAUUUAUAAAAAAUUGAAACUGUAGGUAAAACAUAUAUGGCAGCAGGAGGACUUAAAGAUUAUGAUGUUGUGAUAAGUAAGUUUGAUAUUUAAUUAUUUAGAUUAAAAAAAUGCUAAUAGCACUUUAAGAGCUUUAGAAACAGCAAUAUAAAUGAUGGAAACUGUUAAAACAAUGAAAUAUGGAGAUAAUUAGGAUGUAUAAUUAAAAAUAGGAAUUCAUUAUGGAAGAGUGAUCGCUGGAGUUAUUGGAGUUCAUAAACCUUAGUUUUCACUUAUAGGGGAUACAGUUAAUACAACAAGUAGAGUUUGUAGUACAGGUGAAGCUGGAUAUAUUACUUUAAGUGAGGCUGCAUAUUUAAAUAUCAAAGAUAAUGCUAAAUAUUAAUUUGAAAAGAAAUCAGUUGCAGCUAAAGGAAAAGGAAUGAUUGAAACAUAUAAAUUGAUUAUCUAAUCUAAAGAAUCAGCAAAAACAUUAACUCCAAAAGUAUCUACAUUAGAAUAUUAGGACAAAACUUAAAUCUAAACUAAAGAAACAAAAAAAAUAAUUAAUUUUAAAUCAUCAACAGAUAAAAAAAAUAUUUUAAAAAGGCCCUCAAUUUAACCUGCUUAAAUUGGUGCUUUAAUUUUAAAUGAUCAUGCAAAGUCUCCAAAACUUGUUAUUAGAUAAUUACAUAAAGAAACUCAAUCUUCUAUUAUGCCAAAUAUGAUUUUAAAAUAAAAACCCUCAGUAGAAAAUGAUUAAGAUAUCAAACGCUUGAAUUCCAUUAAAUCCAAAUCAUUUAAUUAAGUACCAUAAUUUUACUAAUUUUAAGAAUGAUGACAUUUAAAUUAAGGACAAUAACCCUUCUUGUAAUGCUAAGACUCCAGGAUUUUAAAAAAAUUGGAUUUAAAAACGCUAAAGUAUACUAGAUAAUAUUUAACCUAAUAUUUUAACAAUACCAAAUAAUUAAUAAGAUUCUGUUACAUAGAUUUAAUUACCAUUAGAUCCUAAACCUUAAAAUCAGAUUGUAUCAUAAUCUUGUUAAUAAUAAAUAUUUUAAUCUGGUGUUAAUCUAUCUCAUUAAUCAAAUCAAUAGUAAUUCUUAAAUUCAGCUGAUUAAUUAUUAAAGUAUUCUGAUCAAUUUAAUGAUAAUAAUAAAUAAGAUGGAUUUAAUUUUAUUCCUAGACCAUAAAUCAAAAAAAGAGGCACUUUUAUUUUAGGAGAGAUGAUUUAAAAAAAAGGAAUUAUAAAAUCUAGUUCAAAAAUAGUGCUCCCAGAAGAAAAAAAUUAAAUUGUUAAAAUAUCUGGCGUUGGGGGUGAUAGUGAUUCCUAAAUGGAUUAUAAAAAAUAAAUUAGAAACUAAAGAUCUUUAAAACUACUACAGUUUUAAGAUUCUAAUUCUGCUUUAAAGAAAAGUCCUGAAUCUAAUAAUGAAAGAUUAGAAGAAUUAGAAAUAGCCAAAAGAAGGAUGAUUAUAACACCUGAAUAGAAAUUUGACUAUUAGACUUUGGAGAAAAUUAAGAAGUUUAAACUUGAUUAUGAUGAUAAAUCUACAUUUGAAAUUGAUAAAAGUUAAUUUCAAAAUAAUGAUCAAUAAUUAUAUCAUUCAAUAUAUGAAGAGUAUAAAGAAUAAGAAAAAUUAUAGAUGAGAUAUAUUUUAAUAUUUUUAACAGGCUUAAAUUUAUGUAAAGGCUUCCUACUAUUUAUAAUAAGCUAAGAAUUAAAUGGAACAUAGAAUGAAUUAUUAAUAGUAUAAAUUUGCCAAUUUGGUAUUUGUUUAAUUCUAACAAUUUGUUAUUCAAUGCUUUUAGAUAAAACAAGUAGAGAAAUGUUAAAAAUAAUUAUUUGGAUUUAUUAUUUAAGUUAUAGUAGUCUUUCUAUAUUAAUAAUUUUAUUUGAGAAACAGAAAGAAUUUGAAGUAAUUUUAUAGAUAAGUACAAUAAGUGCUUUAUAUAUAAAUAUUUAUCUUUCAUAAAUCUUACACUAUGAAGAUAGAUAGAGAAUUGUUGCAAUAUUUAUAAUUUUGAUAACAAUAAUGAUAGUUUAUAAAGUAUAUAUUUUAGAAUUAAUAAUAUAUGAGAUGGGAAUAGGUGGAUUAACAUUUUUUUGCUAAAGUUAAGAGAAGGAAUUAUUGUUUAAGAAUUAUUUAAUAAGCUUAAAAUUAUCAACUUAAAUAGCAAAAUAUGAAAAUAUGCUUUAAUAUUUAAUGCCACCUCAUGCUCUAAGAAGAUUGUUAAACCCUGAUUAAGAAAAUACAGAUACAUUUAUGGAUGUUUUAGAGAACACAACAGUAUUAUUUGCAGAUAUUGCUGGUUUUACAAAAUAUUCAAGUUCAGUUGAGCCAGAAACAGUUGUAGAUAUGCUUAGAAAUUUGUUUUCAAAUUUUGAUUAGUAUUGUUAGAAGGCAGAAAUAUAUAAAUUAUUUACAAUAGGUGAUUGUUAUGUAUGUAUGGGUGUAUUUGAUUGUAAAAAAAGAGAUCCUGCAGGAGAAGUAAUUAAUUUAUUAGAUAUGAAAUUAGGCAUAAAAAGUAUUAGCAUUUGGAUUUAGUAUGAUUGAAAUCAUCAAUCAUUAUAAAAAAGAUCCUUAAUAUUAACAUCUCAACAUGAGAAUAGGUGUACAUACUGGUCGAGUUUUGGGAGGUGUUGUUGGAACAGAUGUCGUUAGGUAUGAUAUAUAUGGAGAAGAUGUAACAAUAGCAAAUUUAAUGGAAUCAUCAGGAUAAGUAAUUUAUCAACUUAUUUUAGGAAGGAAAAAUACUUGUUAGCGAAAUCACUAAAAAUUUAGUUGAAAGUGAAUAUGAAGGUUUCUAAUUUGAUUAUGCCAAAGAUGUUUUUCUUCCUUCAAAAAAUCUAACCAUAUCUACUUAUUUUGUUUAACCUAGUGAUGUUGAGUACAGUUAAAAUGAUUGA